AUGCUAAAGCUUGUGUCGGCAAUUUUGCUUUCAGCCAGUUGUUUUAUGAGUCAAAAGCAACCCAAACCUACACUCAGUGGCCAGCGGAUUAGAACCCGCAAAAGAGGUAAGUGUAUUGUGUGGUAGUUUGGUGGAAUAAUUUACUUUCUUUCGUAAGCUUAAACCUUUCAUGUCUAAUGGUCUGAUUUACUGUACAUUGCCGCUCUAGAGCAGGAUGUCAUCAUUCUCCAAAAUAUCAGACAGCUAGUGUAUGUACGUGACGUGACGUCAGGUUUAAAUCUUUACAAAAAAAGAAAAAUGACUUAUUAGUUGGAAAGAUCCGUGUUUUCCUUUAUGUGUGCCCUAACAUUAACAGUCAUACAUGCCUCGCACAACCUUUUGAAGUGUGGAGAAAAAGGGCUAACAGAAGAAAAUAAAGGGCAAAAGAAAAAAAACAUCACUUCCCGGGGUCAAAAGUGUAAAGGGUGACAGGCAUGCCCCAAAGCAAGGCUACAAAGCCUUUAAACUUUACUGGGUUGAAACUAUUAUUCUAUUUAACCCAUUCAUCCCAGAAAAUUUUGCCCCAAAAAUGGUGUUUGAAGCUUGUCAAGCAAGGGCACUUUCUAUUUUGUUUGAACUAGCCAGCCAGACCAGUCAAGUUGUAAAGAGAAUUCCUGUUUUAAUCACUGCCAUCCAGCCAGAUCAGUCUAGUGACUCUAAUUAGAAGAAGACAUGGCAUCUGUUUACAUGUUCAAUGCACAAAAAUCAAUAAUUUACUUUCUUUCAGUGGUGGUGUGUUUUAGGGAAAAUUUUGAGAAAACACCAACGUUUUAUUUUCAAAAUGACUGGUCUGGCUUCCCUGCUAGGAGAGGGCUCUCAUGGCAAGACAAGAAGGAGAGGAAAGAGAGAGACUUCUGUCAGCCCCUGAUGCAUUUUCUAUCACGCAUGCCCUGGCGCACAGUCUCAACAGGGCGUGCGUAUUCUACAUUAAACAAAAUGGGUUUUAAAAACCAGUAAGUUUCCGCCACAAAUGGGGUUAGUGGCUAGAUGAAAGAACACAUCAUGAUCACAGGCUGGCAGAGGUCUCUCUCUUUCCUCUCCUUCUUCUCUUGCCAUGAGAGACCUCAGCUAGUAGGGAAUUGUCCAGCGGGCCAGUUCUGAUUGUUCGUAAGUGCCCUUAGUCAUGUGGCGGUCUAUUCACAGUGUAGUGUAUUGAUUACCAUUCCAGUUUUCCCAUCAGAAACUACAGACAAAACUGGCACAAAAAAAGUGAUACUGUUUACUAAAAGAUUGGUUCAGUUAAUAAAGGACAUUAGGCAUGGGUUUGUUUUCCCACAAAACUGAUGGUUAAUUUAGCACUAGGCAUGGGUUUGUUACUGAUGGUUAAUUACUGCUUACAAAGUUCUUUUGCUGUUUUACCUUUUUUAAAAACAAAUCCCUGUAAUUGUGUACAGCAUGAUUUCAAUAUUUCAAUAUUUUCUUGUUAUGUGACAUUCUUUUUAAUCACCUAAUCAAUUUCAUCAACAGACGAAAAAGAAAAGCAAGAUCCUCUUGCAUUUCGUGAUGCUAUAAUACAGGGGUUGCAGGAAAUUGGUAACAAUGAUCUAGAUCAGGUAAGUGCUUAUUUUGUUGUUGUUUUACAGAAUCAUUCAUUAAUCAUAGAGAUUUUUCCAGUAAAAGUAUUGAAGACAUCUUUCAGAAUAGCUGAUGAUGUGGAGUACAUUAAAUUCUGCAGCUAGUCAAGGUCAAGUAAUUUUUUGCCCAUUUACAAAUCCUCACCUUAUCUGUAUUUAGGGCAUGUUUGAUCGAACUUAUUCCAGAAUAAGAAUUAAUUCACCCUUUUCACAUAGACCAUAAUGCACCUUGUUUACCCCCUCAAAUUUUGCAUAACCAUUGUUUUCAAUUUCUCCUGGGUAUCAUGCCCGUCCCAAGAGAAAUCGAAGACAAUUAUGGCUAUGCAAAAUUUGGGGGGGUAAACAAGGCGUAUUAUGGCCUAUGUGAAAUUGGUGAAUGAAAAUAAACUCUACAAAUCCCUUUUUUUGGUGCAGUUAAUGAUCAUUGCAUUGCAAAUCUUGUAAUGUGCUUGAAAUAAAAUAUUCUGCUCUAUGUAACCUUUAAUGGUCCAACAAUAAAUAAAUUAUGGCAUGAGAUUUGCAACAAAACUUUUGUGUAUUGUUAUUCCAGAAUACAAUCAAUAAGCAAAGCGUUGAUAUAGUCAUAUGAUGGGCAGAUUUGAUUAACUGUAUUCUGGUACAUAAUAAAUGGAAUUUGCAUAAUUGGCUGGCAGAUGAUAUUCAGAGCUGUACAUUUAGCUGUAGUAGAGCUCUCUAUUGUUACCUCAACCUAAAUGAAAGGCAAUUGAAACAAUUAUUUUUCUCUUCACUCUAAUUUCAGAUUAAUUAUAUGAUUUCAAAUAAAAUAUUAUUAUGAUCAACAAAAAGCACUCAAUGUAACAUUGAUUUAUUAAUACAUCCACAUCAAGGUGCAUCAAAUACUGUUGAAUUGGUCACAUCUUGGAAGCAGCAUAGCUGAGCGGUCACAGUUAGAGUGCUAGAAUUGCAAUCCGGAAGCCCUGUGUUCAAUCCCAUGGCAACCGCUAGGCAGAUUUGUUCUGGGUAGUCCCAAGUUUAACUCCUUGGUCAUGCCAGUAAAUAGUCAACUGGUUUGCCUCUGGCCAGUGGGGAUUCUUAACCAUGACUGUUUUGUUUAUUUCAGUUAUUUGUUUCUGUCCUUUAGUAUUUGCUGGGUUACAAUAUGCAACAUAAACUGCUGGGUUACCAGUAAUAUUAUUGUAUUACCCCUACAAAGUCAUCUUUUUUCAUUUUGUUCAAAUUUAGCAUUUUACAUUUGUUGAUUUCUUGCUGUGUUUUACUGUUGUCAGGUGUUGACGUUUCUUGACAAAAGUGGGGGCAAGUUAAAUUACCGACUCUAUGGAGAGUGCCUCUUUGAUAUACUGUUCGCAGGAGGAGUUCUUGGUAUGAUGUUUCUCCAAUGUAAAUUGAAAGCUGAUUAAUUAGCAGUCGCUAAUAUAAAGCCCAUGUAAAUGUAGAGAUUAUGCCAAAAUCUCAAAAUGUGACUAGAUUGAUUGCAGAAUACCCAGCCCACUAAAUAUCUCACUUAAAAUACUGCUCCCGCAGUCCCCCACAGCUGUCUGAUUUGUAUAAUAUAUUCUGACAUCGGCUACAGGAUGGAGGGACUGCGGGAGCACUAGUAUACUUCAUUCAGCACUAGUUGUAUACCCACUUGAUAUUCACUUUUCAGUGACUGUGGGAGUGCGGGACUAGCGGAGCAGUCAUAUUACUCACUUAAAUUUAAGUAUCCAGCAUAAUGAAACAAGACUGCAUGAGCAGUUGUUGUUCAAGUAAGAUAUUAAUUUUAGUGUGCUGGUUGUUCUUUAAUAGCUCCCAAAAUGCCUUAAUCAAUGUCAAAGACCUUUGCGUACUCGAACAGAAACACAGCUGAAAGUCUUACAUUAUUGUGGUGAUCUGGGCUACCUUCUCUACUGGUUUUAUCUCUUCAUUAGAUUGUUUAUAACUUAACUACCGGUAAAUUUAUUUUUUAUUUAUUUCAAAUACUUUAUAGCCCCUGGCGGAAGUAUAUUGGAGGAAGGUGAAAAGGCAACAUGGAGAACAUCAGUCUGUGUGUUUGAGGCCAAUGAAGAGGAUCUCAAGACCUACGUGCAGGUGUGUUGUACAAUACAAGUGCUCAAUGAUCACUCUUAUCUCCAUAAUAUUGUGCUGUGCUGUUAUUCAAAAUCUGUGCGAAAUAGUUUUUUAAAAAAAUAAUGUUCAAAAAUGAAUUGAGGUGGGGAGGUUGGGUAAACGCAGGUUCCCUCCUUCCAGAACAUAUUUUUAAUAAUUAUUUACGAUCUCCAAAUUUGCCAAAACUCUCUCAACUACAACAGUUAUAAAAUUAUUAAGUAAUGGAAAGUGUUUAUUUCUCCAAAAACUAAGGAGGCAGCUUGACUUAGUGGUGAGAGCUCUGUGCUUGCAGUUUAGAGGCCCACCCUGUCCUCUAGCUGGAUUUAUUCCUCAGGAGUCCAUAGGUUCAACUCCUAGGAACUUACAGUCAAACCUCCAUCUGCAACCACCUCUCAUAAGCGACCACCUCUCAUAAGCGACCACCUCUCAUAAGUGACCACCUCUCUUAAGCGGCCGUCUCUCAUAAAUGACCACCUGUCAUAAGUGACCAUCUCUCAUAAGCAACCACCUCUCAUAAGCGACCACCUCUCAUAAGUGACAACCUGUCAUAAGUGACCAUCUCUCAUAAGCGACCACCUCUCAUAAGCGACCACCUCUCUUAAGCAACCACCUCUCAUAAGCGACCACCUCUCAUAAGCAACCACCUCUCAUAAGCAACCACCUCUCAUAAGCGACCACCUCUCAUAAGCGACCACCUCUCAUAAGCGACCACCUCUCAUAAGUGACCACCUCUCAUAAGCGACCACCUCUCAUAAGCAACCGCCUCUCAUAACCGACCACCUCUCAUAAGCGACCACCUCUCAUAAGCAAUGGCCUCUCAUAAGUCACCACCUCUCAUAAGCGACCACCUCUCUUAAGGGACCUUCUCUCAUAAAUGACCAUCUUUCAUAAGUGACCAUCUCUUGUAAGCGACCACCUCUUAUAAGUGAACACCUCUCUUAAGCGACCGUCUCUCAUAAAUAACUACCUGUCAUAAGUGAGCAUCUCUCAUAAGCAACCACGUCUCAUAAGCGACAACCUCUCAUAAGCAACCGCGUCUCAUAAGCGACAACCUCUCAUAGGUGACCACCUCUCUUAAGCGACCACCUCUUAUAAGCGACCACCUCUCAUAAGAGCUACUCCUCUGAGUGACUACUUAUGCAAAACACCAACUUUUUGUCAUUCAAAGGCCUAUAAUCAGAACCUGCCAUAAACAACCACCUGUUAUCAACCACUCUUUUAUGAGUAGGGCUUGUCAAAAAUUCAGAAUUUGUUGGCCAUAGGUAAGGGAAAGGGGGCAAUGAUUUGAUAGGGGAGCUGAAUCGAGGCAUGUCUUUUGACUAUUAUUCUCCACAAUGUCUGCAGGUAAUAAACAAAGUUAUCGCACGGUACAGGUACCUGCAGAAGGCAUUUGAGGAGGAAAUUCAAAAGGUUAGUUGUUAGCAAUUGAUGUUGAUGAAUCAGGCAAGCCAAAGGUCACAGCUUUCAUUGCUGUACAUUUUCCAUUUUCACAAUUUUGUAUAAUCACUAUCUCUUAUUUCUCCGCGGUAUUACAGCCACCCCAGGAGAUUUUGGAAUCAGUGCUGAUGCAGCAUUUUUGGAGUGCAAAUAAGAUUUAUUAUGGGCAAUACAUAAGUGGGGAAUAGUUUGUUGUAACCUUGCACUCUUCACACAUACUUAGCCCAAGAAAUAAAAAUUAAGGAAGCAGAUGAGAAAAAUGAAAUUUAGUCUUUGCAUUUCACAAUUGGAUGAGUUCUAUACCUAACAGGUUUCUUGAUAGACUGCUUGACUUAGGCUAGAUACCAAAUUGCAAAAAGUCAAUAGCCUUGAGAAGGGUGAUGAGGUUUCUGGAACUUAGGCUUCUUAUCAUAUUCAAACUGUUGAAAUCCACUAACUUAACCCACCUGGGCCUUACAUAUUGAGACGAAGGCCAGUGCUGUUGGUCAUCAAUGUCAUGGUGUUUUUUUGUUUUUUCAGAUCUUGCUUUUCCUCAAAGGAUUCACUGAAGAUCAGCGAAACAAGCUUGCCAUUGUUACCGGAAUUAUUUUGGCAAAUGGUGAGGUUUGAUACAAAGGUGUUUGUUACUCUGCUGUAGGUUAACUAGUAUAUCAGGGUCACAGGUUAACGUUUAAGAUUCAGGUUUUACCAGUCUAAAAUUAUUAUGAUUUUAAUGCUAAACACAGGUUUGACUGAUGUAAAUUAUACUACACUAUUGUAUUCUAUUUUGUGUUUGUUAUUGAUGGCAAUGGAAUCCUUUUUAAUACUUAAGCUUCAUUUUUGCAUCAAACUGUCAGAUUUUGUCCUUGGUUUUUGCUCGCUUUUCUACUGUGCUUGUUUUCAUACUUCAUACUACAUACUAAUUUUAUAAUUCUGUUACAUGUUUAUUGCAGGCAUGGCACCGCCCACAUGUUUGAACAAACUGUCAAGUGAUAUUCUUAUCAAAGAAGGUGAGUACCUAUUUUUUUAUGUAUACUGUCAAUCGUUUGUGCUACGUUUAUAUAACACUGGUGUCAGUGGAUCCUAAUUUGAACUAGUGGAAAAGAAGUGAUAGUGUCCUUAAGCAACAACAACAUUUUUACAUGUAUCUCGGACAACAAAAAUAACAACCAGAAGUGCAUCUUGUCUCUCUUUUAGUACCCUGACCAGAUAAUGUUAUACUGCAGGAUUUAAAAACGGGUGCAAGCCCUGUGGGUGGGUCUGCAAUAUAAAAGUGACGGGGAUGCUUGUCGUCUCACAUAAGGGAGUAAAUUGCAGAUUUUGGUCUCACCUCUGGCAUUUGGGACAGAAAGUCACUAUAUUUGUCCGUUAAGGUACCGCUUAAGGCUGUCCUCAAAGAAAUUUACAAUUAUGUACUUUUGUCACCUUUUAGUGUAAUAUUAUUAUAAAGGGACAUUUAAUAUGCCUACAGUAGGGUAGCCUAAAUAUUAUUUGACCUUAUUUUUCCAUAGGAAUUGCAUUGCAGUUUUUGACCAAAGUUUUUCAGUCUGUGGUAAAAGAGAAGGAUUUUACCUCUCUCAGCUCGCUGAUAAGAAAAGCUGAGCUGGAGAAUAAACUAAUGGUAAGUAAAAUUGAAGGGGUGCCAUAAUAUGAAAUAAGGCCUUAAGUGACUCAAGUUCUAACGUGAAAUUCUCUCUUUGUCUCACAAGCAUAUACUGGGCAAAUUGAAAGGAGAAUAUAGCAGUUUAUCAGAGCUCACCAUAGGCUUUAUUCCAGGCACCCUUCAAGUGCCCACCAGUACCUUAAUUUAUCAUCACCAAUAUUCUUAGCAAAAAUGUUAGUGAGACCAGGCAAAUAAUUGAAACAAACGAUUUUAAAUGAGAAAUACCGUAAUGGGUUUAAGACUUCCAAUUAUAAGUAGAACGUGUUGAAAAUUUAGGAGUUUCUUAGCUAAAUUUGACACUGAUUGCAUGUUUGUUGAAGCUGCGGGCUCGAUCCUGCACUUACCAGGAAUCUUACGAUGACAAGACCCUGGUUCAAAUCAAAGUUAGGCCUAAAAUAUCAUUUUAUCCACUCUUUUCUUGACCUUUGACAAUCACUUGAUUUUAUUUUGUCUCCAUGUGUACAGGAUUUCUUUCCUCCAAACAAGCAAACUCAAGAAAUGUUUGAAAAGCAUUUUAAUGCAAAUGGGCUGGAUAAACUUGUGUUGUUUCAGGUAACUUGAUUGAUUGAUUAAUUUGUUUUUGUCACAUUACAAGUUUUAAAAAUAUAGUGAAAAAAUAUAGUUUGAAAAAAUAUGGUUAGGGGGAAGCCUGAACUGGAACUCUGGGGCUUUUAUGGGGUCCAGGCCAACUUAAAUUUAUUCCAACUAGAUACAGUGUAGGCUGGCCAAUUAUUUUUAUUGAUCACACUUUAAACAUUUUUAAAAAUCUGAAAAACCACCCUUGAUUUUUUUCUGGUGUAAAUAUGAAGCUCUCUGAAAUUAAUUCUCUGCUUACUUCAAUGAGCCCCCCUUAGCAUUCAGAUACAGAUAUUCUUGAAUUUCAAAACAGAUUAUUUCAUGUAUUGAGGGGGAAACCCUCUUCCUGUUGGCAUUUUAUUAUUGUUUUUGCACCUGUCUUUGUCGCUGUUGCAGUUUCAAACCCAUCUUUACGUCAUCUGUUGCCAUUUCAUUUGUCUUAUGUCGCCAUUUCAAAGCGAUAUUGCUUGUUGGAAUUUUACCCUGACAUUGCUUCUCUUCCCCAUUUUUCUUCUCUUUUCUUAUUUUGGCCUUUUUCUCAUCAUUAUUUGGCUUUAUUAUAAAGCUUCAUUCUUGUAGUUUGCUGCUGUAAAGCUGAUCAAGUUAAUACUACUUAUUAAAACUUGUGGGCAGUGGUAACAUAAGAUUUUCAUUUGAAUUUACUGUCCACUUUCCCAAGUUUAUUAUGGCUAGUAAACUGUUCUGAAUUAUUAUAAUUUUAUUUGGGCAAAAAUAAACAGUUACCAUUUUUAAGUGACACCUACAAUAACAUAAUUAUGUUUAUGUUGGAUUUUAGAAAGCCCAGCAAGCUAUGGGUACACGAAGAGCUUUUCAACAGCAACUGAAAGAGAUGCUUACAGAAGAAACACCCGUGAAAGAAGUAAGUUGUAUGCUUUAAUUUCCCAAGGUUGUGUUCUAGCAGCCCCUGUUUGUCGCUGGUGCCCUACUUUUGAAGCAACCAGGAAAUGUUUCCUUUUUCAUAGAAAUCAUAUGCUGUAUACCUUGGAUUUCACAUGUUCGCAGCACUGGGCUCUCUUCAAUUUUUCUUAGAGCACAGCCUUGAUUUUAACUCUCAUCAACAUCAUUAAAAAAAGGUUAAAUGUUUAUUUAUAGUGGAAGUCUACUUCACUUAUCCAGCUAGUUUAGGGGCACUACUCUCAAAUAAUUAGAAACAAAUAAACAAUAAAGAACAUAACAGGAUUAAAAACCCCAACUGGUAAGAAGCAACCAGUGGGCUUUUUCAAGCAUGGCAAAGGAUUUAAACUUGGUGCAACAGAGAUGAAAUCUAGCCAGUGGCCACAGAGGUAAUAAACCCCGGACUGCCGGAAUGCAAAUUCAAUGAGCUGAUCACUUGGCCAUGUCCUCGCUCUCUUUGAAACUGGAGCCAUUCCAACAUGGUGAACAUCAUAUCACUUAUCAUCUUUAAAAGGAUAAAAUAUUGGUUAAAAAACUUUUCAUUUUUGGCAGGGAGUGGUGGGAAUUAUCAGGAGAUGGCUGUUGUUUGUGGAAUUAAGUUUUUUUUUCAUUUUUUGUUCAGAUGAUAGCAACUUGCAAGGAAGAAAUGAAAAAAUCAGAACUUCUUGAAGAAGAUGUGGUUUUUCUGGUAAGAUAGUAUGAGUAUGUCAACUCACUCUACAGUAACUUUGUGUAAUCUAUUCAAAAGAGUCCAAAACAAUAAUUUAUUUACAUAUAAUUAUUUUAUUCAGAACAUAGCAGCAUUGCAAACUGGGUAUCCAGGAGCCAUUUUUUUCACUUACAAUAAUUAUUUAUUUUAAGAGAUUUAGUGAAUUUUCCUUGAAUUUCUUUGUAAAAAUGGACAUCCACAGAGUGUCCACAAAUCAUUCAGUCUUAAAACUUUUGGUUGUUAAAGUUAUAAACUGAUAAAUCAGUAAGUGUAAAUAUUUAUGUGGUGUUGUCUGUGUAGGUGUGGAAAGGUUUGAUGAAAGCAGUGGAAUGGAACAAAAAAGAAGAGUUGUUGCAUGAUCAAGCUUUGAGGCAUCUCAAGGUACAAGAAAGAGUGUAGCUUGCGCAUGCAUGGCAGAUGUUAAAAGGGGAAGGGGAAGGGGGAAUUCAGGUGCAUGGGACAUGGGAGGAGCGCGGAAAAUGAGUUUUCCUCCAGUGCCCCUGAAUUCCCUCUUCCCAUUCCCCUUUUGACGCCUGUGACUCAGGCUAUAAAGACUGCAGGUCAAAGACAACUCUGAGACCCUCAUGGUAGUAGAACGUACUCCAUGGCCUACAGUGGGCAAUACCCAUUAAGCCCCAAUAUCCACAUACAAAUUCUCCAGAUUGAUCUCUAUAUAUUUCUUAUGAAAUUAUAGUGGAGAAUUAUUUUGUUAAAGUAUCAAAGCAUCCCCUAAAUAAUCAUUUUUUUUAAUUAAGCAAUAGAACACACUUUCUAUGGGUUUACCGGCGUGAUAACCCACGCGGGAUGUUGGGAGAACACGAGAAAAGCUUGUAAAUCACAAGCUAAAGGUGAGUGAUUUACGGGUAUAAGCUUUUCGAGUGGGCAUCAUGCCGGUAAACUCAAAGAAAGUGUGGUCUAUUGCUUUUAUGAAAUAACUUUAAGUAAAACUAUUAGUUUACCGGCACAAUAAACCAUAGGUUUUAACUAAUCAGAACGCAGGUACUAUCUUAGGUAUUUUAUAAAUUCUCAUAACCUUAUCUUUUGGGUACUAUGUAUUGAUACUGAAAAUUGAUGUUGGUCACUCUUGUGGCGUUAAUUUUUAUUUUAGAUUUAUACCCCACUACUGGCAACAUUUACUUCUCAAGCAAAGUCAGAGUUGACUCUUUUGGUGAAGGUGCAGGUAAAUCAGUUCUAUUAACUAACCAGUCUCAUCACGUAGCAGUUGUAACUAGAUGCAGUAUCUUUGAAGUGUGCUGAAUAGUGUUUCAAGAUCACCAUCAAUUCUCUCUCUCUCUCUCUAAAAAAGACUUGAGAUUUAUUCAGAAGCAUGGAAAUAAUGAAAUUUAUUUCUGAAAAAAAACGUUUUAUGCUUGAUGUCACUGAUCAAUACUGCAUUUCGCCUGCUGUUAGUGAGAUGGCAUUGCUGCUGUCUGAGAUACCAUGUGUUUUCUUAAGACGUGAAAGCCGAGGAGCGUAACCUCUGCUUGCUGCAGCAAGAAUGUCGGGAAAGAUUUUUCCUUUUCCUCCCUCCCCUUUUGCUCCACUUUACUCUAUUUGAUGGCAGGUGUGGCCUCACUUUUGCUGCUUUUUAGCCUUUACACUGUGUAAAAAAAAGUUAAGGUCACUCAUAUUUUUUGCAGGAAUAUUGCUACGACAACAUGUCCUUCAUGAAAGUCUUCCAAAAGAUAGUGAUGCUUUUCUACAAAAGUGAGUAAUGAACAAUAAUAAGCAAGUAGCAACAUUAAAUCUUUGCUCCGAUACAGAGAUGCAAACCUCUGGAGAUCUAAAAACUGGAGGCUCUCUCUUUUUCUCUAGCUUUUACGGGGGAACCAGGCUGUUGUGCCAUCUUGGCUUUGUGAGCCUGCAAGUAAACUAUCCAUUUGGAAAUUUAACUGAGAGGCACAAGGUCUUGUACUUGUGUGAAUCUUAAGCAGUGUGUGCUGGGAUAGCUAGCUUUCAGAGCUCUUUUAGAAAGCAUACUCAAAGGCUAUGACCUUGCUUGGGAAUAAGAUGUUCUUAUAAUCUCAUGACCUAACCUCUGAUAUUGUGAUUGCUUUUUGUAUUCAGCUGAUGUAUUAAGUGAAGAUGCCAUAAUCAAGUGGUACAACGGAGGACAUUCAACAAAAGGGAAAAAUGUUUUCCUGGAACAGAUGAAGAAAAUGGUGGAGUGGCUUCAAAACGCUGAGGAAGGUAAGGUUUCAAUUCAAAACAAAAAGCCUCCGUUUGUCUUUACAUACCAGUAUCUUUUAGAAAAGUAACUGAUUUCUACUUUCUUGCCGGUCACUUCUAUUUGAGCACUCACAGAAAUCUUCUGAUGACCUUUACCACAAGACCAAUCACAGGCAAAAUCCUGAAACAGGCUGUCCUUCAUAAGGGUCUACUAUUUUAACCCUUUAAGUCCCAAUAGUGACUAACGUCAAUUUUCUCCUAACGAUAUCCAUACAAUAUCAAGAGAUUAGGUUGUGAGAAUAAAUAAAAUGAUCCCCUAUAGUAAGGGAAAAUGCUUUGAUCUUUUAUCAAAUUCUCUCAACUCGUUCAUGGAAGGAAAUGUAUGUCAAUCAGUUUGGAGAAUUUGUAUGUGUAUAUUGGGGCUUAAAGGGUGAAGGUUAAAUUUCAUCUGGAACAGAUGAGACUUAUACCAGUUUUCUUUUCUUGCACUAGAAAAGAAUUGGGAAACCACACAAACUUUGAUAAAAAAAAAGUAUGCUCUUUAGCGUCAGUUGUGAAAGAGAUCUUCCGAAUGUUUUUUUUUUUUUUUUUUUUUAGAAACUGGCUCAGAGGAAGAAGAUGAAGAAGAAGCCUAA